AUGUCCAAAACGCACACGGGAUACGCCUUCCCGUCCCAAGGCGCGAAGCUUACCGCCGUCCAGGUCCCCACCCCCGCCGUCGGCCCGGACGACGUCCUCGUCCGCGUCGUCUACGUCUCCCCCACCCCGCUCGACGUCUGGCAAGGCCACUUCGGGCUCGCGGCGGAAUACCCGCUCGUCCCGGCGGACAACCUGUACGGCGUCGCGGCCGAGGUCGGAGAACACGUGAAGCACGUCGCCAAGGGAGACAAGGUUCUGUCCUUCACCUUCGGCCCUAACGAAGGUCGCGGCUCGCAGCAGUACGCGCUCAUUCCCGCAAACCGGAUCGCCAAGCUGCCAGCCAACGUCGAUCCCGUGGCCGCCGUCACAGUCCCCACCAACCUCGUCACGGUCUUCCACACGAUCACGGCCGACCUCGGCCUCGACAUCAUCCGCGACGCCUCCGGCAAGCCGCUCGACCUCCCCGCCGACGUGAAAUCAAAGCGAAUCCUCGUCUGGGGCGGAUCCUCCAGCGUGGGCCAAUACGCCAUCCAGCUCCUCGCCCUAAGUGGAUACACAAACGUCAUCACCGCAUCCUCGGCGCGACACCACGCCGACCUCCUCGCGCUCGGCGCCUCUCGCGCGGUGGACUACACCGCGCCCACCGUCCUCGAAGACGUCGGCGGCCCCGUCGACUACGUGCUCGACGCGAUAGGCGACCGGCAGGAGACGAUCGCCAAGUACUCCCCGCUGGCCCGGCCCGGCGCCCGGGUCGCGAUCCUGCUCCCCAUUCGCUACGGCGGACGCGCGGCCAACAACGUGGGCAGCGAGCUCGACGAGGGCGCGUUCGCCCCCGGCGUCCACGUCCGCCUCGUCCGCACCCACUUUUACGAGAAGAACGAGUGGUUCCGCGAUCACCUGCAGCCGGAGCUGCUGCCCGCGUUGCUCGAGAAGGGCCUCAUCAAACCGAACAAGAUCCGCGUCGUCGAAGGAUCCACGCCUCUAGAGCGCCUCCAGAACGCGAUCGAUUCGCUCGCGAACGGGGCCGUCAGUGGGGAGAAGCUGGUCGUCCGCAUCGGAGAGGAUUGAUAUCGCGGUCGUGGCUGCCGUCGGCUACCAAUCUGUUAGCGUUGAAUCACUCGUCCUUUCGGAAGUUCGACCUGUAGCCGUCCAUGCUUAGGGAUAUGGUCGAUGAAUUACAGCCAGUCAUAGUGUUCAACACCGACAGACAAAGCGAAUACACAGUCGUACUAUAUCAGUCUCGACUAGUUCCGUUGCUUGAAGUACGCUGGGAAAUGCUAGGGCUAAUCUCCGUCGUAACGACCGUGCGUUUCGUUGUAAAGAUCAUACGCAUUGUCAAUCUGAACGUCCGGCUUCUCUGGUUUAGCCGACGGUGGCUUUGGCGGCGUGACAAUGCACUUCACCGCGAUGUUGAGAUCGCGACGGAUCUCCACCAUACUGCUCUCGGGCAGUGUCGAUGUGGCAAGCGCCUCGACCUCCAGGACGAAUUCCUUCAGCUUCACGGAGUCGCGUUGCUGAUGCAAUGGCGAUUCGGGCUUGAGGGUGUCCUGCAAUCGCUGUGCCGCUUUGCGGAAAUUGUUGAUCUGCGUCAGCCGCUCGAAGAGGUCGUCGUACUCCUUAUGAUCCUUGCCCUCCCGCUUCGACUUGACCCUCUUCUUCAAGUCAUCUGCCCAAACUAGCAUCUUCUUUAGGCAGAUAAGCAGAUGGGGCAACGGCCCCAGGAAUAGACAACGAUAGUACGUGUACGGCCAAUCGAUCUUGCGGCUCUGUUCGAGACACUGGACAAAAAUCGUCGACCUCAUCUGUUCGGCGGUGGUCUGUUCCUGUCGGCGAUGGUGUAAGUGGCGACGAUAGAUUGCUUGCAACUUCCGUGCUGCAGCCAAUUCGUCUUCAGACGGUUCUUCGACCAUGUCCCUGUCCGAAUCCUUCGUGUUGCCACUGAAGCGGGCAGCAAUGGGUUCCGCGUCGACAUCAGGAUCCUCUGGGGAUUCGUCGUGCUCGUCGACUUCUUCCUCCACGUUCAUGGCCUCAUUUUUCUCGUCAUGCACUUGAGAAUCGUCUGACUUCUGCUCCUCGGGCGCGUGGAUCUUCUCUACCAUGGUCCGGAGAGACCCUGAGUUGGGGAUGAAAGGCGUUGCUUCUCCGCGGAGGAUCGGCGCCUUUCCAGUCGUUGAUUCCAUGACCAGCAGCUCCGAAAUUUCCGGGAAGGUACUAUAUAUCACUCGCCGGACGCCACGCUGAGGUGGGUUCCCAGCCACGUCGCGGCUUGAGUGGAACAGCUGCACCAAGCCGUCUAGCGGUGUAGAAGGUAUUUGACAAACGGUUCGUGCCAGGUCUUGCCAAUUUCUUGCACGGUAGUACUGGUUGCAAAACGGAACUGCCAGUGCGCGAUUUAUGUGGAAGACAUUGAGGGCACGGAUGAUCUUCUCUCUUAAAGCGUCGGAUCUUGAAUUGUAUCCCACAAGACAAAUGCUUUUACAG